AAAAAUAUUGUAAUCUACAAUGGUUCAAGUACGAUAUACUCGUAAUUUAUUUUUACGAGGAAUAUGCAUUAUAUAUCUUUUCGCGUUUCUUAGCUUUUACAUACAAAUUCCAGGAUUGUAUGGUGAUAAUGGAAUCCUGCCAGCUAGAGCUCAAUUAGACCUCAAAAUUCAUACAUCACUAUUUCAUAAAUUAAGACAGAAACCAACAUUCUUGUGGUUUGCUCCUUACUUUGGACUGAAUAUAGAAUACAUGUUAGAUGUAUUAUCGCUUGUUGGAAUUAUUAUUUCUUUUGCAGGAUUUAUUUCACAAAAAUUUUGUGUUGCAUUGGUAUUUGCAUUACUUUGGUCAUUAUAUUAUUCUCUGUAUCAAAUUGGUCAAAUAUUUGUGAAGUUCCAAUGGGAUAAACUUCUAUUGGAAGCAGGUUUCUUAUGUAUAUUUAUAGCACCAUUUUACUAUUCUCAACGUGGAAAAAUAAGUACACCAAGUGAUCCUGUAACUUUCUGGACUAUACGCUGGUUACUUUUUCGUUUAGUGUUUACUAACGGGGUAGUGAAACUUGCUUCUGGUUGUCCCUUAUGGUGGAAAUUACGUGCGUUAAGUGUACAUUUUGAAACACAAUGUAUACCUACUUCAUUAGCAUGGUAUGCACAUCAUUUACCAGUGUGGUUUUUACGUUUUACUACUGUAAUGGUCAAUAUUUUUGAACUUGUUAUUCCAUUUCUAUUCUUUUUUCCAAACAGAAAAGUGAGAAUAUUAGCAUUUUAUAUACAGGUAUUUCUUCAAAUAAAUAUUAUAGCAACAGGAAAUUAUAAUUUUUUCAACUACUUAACUAUCUGCUUAUGCAUUUCUUUACUUGAUGACCAGUUUUUCUAUAAAAAAAAAUCUAAAAAUGAUUCUUAUAAUAUUAUAAAUUUAUUUUCUACACUAUUAUGUAUUGUAGUUUAUGGAGGCAUCUUUUAUGUAACAUAUGUAUAUUAUAAUCUUAGAAUAUCUGAUAAUUGGACUAUCCAAAGUGAUAUUGCAUUUACAAAAGAACAAUUUGAUUAUGUUUUGUCACAAACAAUUCCAAUUUCCAUCUACAUUGGUAUAAUAUCUCUUGCAUUUACAGUGAUAAAAGCAAUAGUUAUAUCUCUAUUAGCAGUUAAAGGAAUACAAAAUAAGAUCUUUACAACAUUUGUUACAAGCCUUUAUACAAUAGUAAUGUGUUUUAUCUUUGCUAUAAGUAUUGUACCAUAUGCUACAUUACAUCAUGCUUAUAAUUCGACAGUACCAGUUCAAUUAAGACAGAUGCAAGCAAAAGUUGAACACCUACAUUUAGUAAAUAGCCAUGAAUUAUUUACAUUUAUGAUUGGAGAUUUAGGUAGAUGGGAAAUAAUUAUUGAAGGCAGCAAUAACAUUUAUGGCCCAUGGAAAGAAUACGAAUUUUUAUAUAAACCAGGAAAUAUAAAUAAUCCAUUACCAUUCGUUGCCCCUUAUCAACCACGACUUGACUGGCAAAUGUGGUUUGCUGCAAUAGUCACUUGUAAGCAAAACCCAUGGUUAAUAUCAUUAGCGUAUCGUCUUUUAAGUGGUCAACCAGAAGUAUUAGCUCUAAUGAAUAAUGUAGAAAACCCAUUCCUUCAAAAACCACCUAGAUAUAUAAAAGCUAGUCUUUAUCGCUAUUCUUAUACAGCAUGGAAUCAGUCAUGGAAUAAACAAACUUGGUGGACAAGGGAAAAAAUGAGAGAAUAUUUUCCCAUAGUUAGUUAUGAUCAUCCAGAACUUAUUGAAUUUUUGUCAGAUGUAAAAAUUAUUCAAGAUAAACCAAACGAACUAUUGAAACUACUUCUCGAUAGCAUUAGGUCUUUAAUAUACAAGAUUGAAGCUAGUCUUCUUUUAUGGGGAGUCUUUACAGCAGGUUGUACAGUUAUAAUAACUAGUUAUAAUAAUUCAGUUUUGAAAAGAAAAUAAUCACUUCUUCCAUCUGUAAUGUUUACAGUGGAAAGUAACUCAUAGUUGAUUGUAUUUGUAAAAAUGUGUUUGCAUAUAGAUGUAAUCAAGUUUGGUUGUAUUG